ACUUCCGCCGCUGUCAAGGGCAUCGAAAACUUACGUUAGCCGAACUUAGCUGCAGUUGUUCACACGUGUGUUUACAGUAGAUCGAUUUAAGCAACCGUUUUCGGUAUCGACUCCGGUGGAAAUGGACGGGUUCGGUUCAGACUUCUCCGCAGGAGGAUCCGGCGGUAAAAUGGACACCGGCGUCAUCAUGGAGCAGGUGAAGGUCCAGAUCGCGGUGGCUAACGCGCAGGAACUGCUGCAGAGAAUGACUGACAAAUGCUUCAAGAAGUGCAUAGGUAAACCUGGAAGCACGCUGGACAACUCUGAGCAGAAAUGUAUUGCCAUGUGUAUGGAUCGGUAUAUGGAUGCCUGGAACACCGUGUCCCGAACAUACAACUCCAGAUUACAGAGGGAAAGGGCUCGCAUGUGAACAUCCCCCUCUCCACCCUUCCCUUCCUCAGACCGCUGCUCACAGUGAGGAGGAGCACAGUGAGCCACUGGCGGUCACGAGCUGGGCACAGGUGUGUGUUGUGGAAGCAGCAGCACACCAUCAACUACUGUCAUCAUACCUCACAGACAGGCCAAGGAGUAGCCUGUGGACUCUAGCCAUAACAAUGUCUCUGUGGACGUUUUCAUUUUGCUCUGAGUAACCAAGUUUGAUUAAUUAUGUUUUUGUGUUAUAAAUAAUGAAUUUUCUGGUUGACAAGUCAACCCACAUUGUUAAAAGCUGCAGUGUGGAUAGAUAAAUCCAAAUCUCUGAAUUGCCAUUCGGAGUGAAUGUGAAAGUGUUUGUCUGCACAUGUUAGCCCUGUCUGUGCAGGCUGUUCCCCACCUCUUGCACAUUACAUGCUGGGAUAUACUCUAGCUCCCCCGUGCUCCUGAAUAGGAUAAGCAGUAUAGAAAAUAAAUGUGACGUUGCAAUGUGGCAGUCAUAAAUAAGCCAGCUGCAGCACCAUGGCCUUUGUUUCUUGGCAUAUUUAUAACAGCUUCAAUAGAAACACUUUAUUCAGCCUGGCGUCUUCCUGCCAUCAAACUAAGCUUGAAUGUUUCUUGUUUUCAAUAGCCUGUAUAAUUAGGACACAUGAUACUGAUUAUUGUUAACAGGACUUGGAUCUCUAAGUCACUACAAUUUAAACUCCUUAAAACGCUCUCCGCAGUGUGCCCACAUCUUUCAAUGUGAUUCUGCUCAGAGAGAGAGAGAGUCGAUAUUUGUGCCAAUAGAAUAAAGAGCACAACAGGAGCCCUAAAGGGGCGACACAGGCUUUCCUUAACAUGCUGUUACUCUAAAAGACCAACUUAAAAUCACCAGAAAGAAUUGAGGAGCAACUUGGUGUUUUCACAACCGUGAACCUGACAUUCACAAACCUCUAAACAGUCCGAUAUCAAAGUACGCCUGGAGAACAAAAGUGUUUUGUCUGACCUGUUUUCUAGUUGUCACUCUAUAUGCCGCCCUCCACAGUAGUGGGCUUGUUUCAGCAGGGUCUGCUUAGCUGUAGAGGGGGCACUGAACCUUUCUCAGUUAUGUGUGCACGGUUUGUCAGAUGUCUGGGAACCAGAAUCCCUUUUUUUCCUUUCCUGCUGAGUUUUUGUAGGAGAGAGAACCAGAAAAGCAUGUGAACAUUAUUUGCAGUCUGAUUGGAGUUGUGAACAUGAGCAAAUGGAAUGAUUUUCAUGAGAAUAAAGCUUGUCAAUCAGG